AGUUUUUGAUUCUAUUUCCGCUUUUUCAUUGGUCGCGAACCAAAACAAAGUCACGGGACAAUGUAGAGAUUUUAGAUCUAGAUUAUGUUUCAUUUAGGCCAGUAGAGUGGCUGCUAUCACGACAGUUCCCUGUGGCUUUGCCUAAUAAUAUAAACAAGGAUCUGAAUUGCGAUUUUUUUCACUUGUCUGACUCUGAAUCAAGACCUGCAAAUUAUUAAUUUUCUAAUCCCCAAUCCAACAUGAAGGAACUUAUUUACAUUUGUUUACUGGUCAUGAUUUGCGAAGUGAGGAAAGUGCAUGCACAGAGUGUGAAUGUGACUUGCCAGAAAGGACAGUAUCCACCUGAUCCAAAAACAAAAGUUGGCACUUUUGUCAUCAACCUAGAUUUACCUCCAGAGAAACGAUGGGCUGAACUUGGUGCAGCUAAAGGCCCACAGAUUUUAUAUUUGAUUGCUGGCUUCAAGGAGUUUGUAACUGACUGGGGUGCAGCAGGUCAAGCGCUAAUUAAUUUUGUUGAUUCUAAAGGUGGUAACCUGGAUGACACUUUACCAUAUCCGUUUGCUGCUGAAAUUAAAGGGCUCGCUAAUGCUGUUGGCAUGAAUCUAGGUGAAAUGGUUCUAUACAAUCUCUUCUAUGAGUUUUUCACCGUCUGCACUUCAAUUGUUGCUGAAGAUUCUCUCGGGCAACUUUAUCAUGCUAGAAAUUUGGACUUUGGUCUUUUCAUUGGGUGGGACAUCAAAAAUAAAACAUGGGCCAUUACCGAGAGAUUACGUCCAUUGAUUGUCAAUCUGGACUGGCAGAAGGGCGGCAAAACCGUUUUCAAGUCUGUCAACUUUGCUGGAUAUAUUGGAAUACUGACCGCUGUUAAGCCACAAUUAUUUACAUUGUCCAUGGAUGAGCGCUUCAAUCCAGAUGGUGGAUUUAUUGGUAUAAUAAAAUGGAUCACUGGAAAUCACAAUGAGACUUGGAUGAGUUUCUUGACUCGAGACGUGAUGGAAAAUGCCACAAGUUAUGCCGAGGCCAGAACUAAGCUAGAGAAAACUGUUAUGCUGGCUCCAGCUUAUUUUAUUCUGGGUGGAAAUCAAUCUGGACAGGGCUGUGUUAUCACCCGUGCCAGAGAAUCUAAUCUGGACACCUGGGAAAUGCGCAAUGCAUCAGGCUGGUAUAUACUUGAAACAAAUUAUGAUCAUUGGGAGCCACCAUUCUUCCUAGAUGAUCGCAGGACCCCUGCCCACAAGUGUAUGGACCAAAUGGGUCAAAAGAAUGCUGGUUUUUCUGGUAUCUUCAAUGUUCUUUCAACACAGCCAGUUUUAAACAAGCUGACAACCUAUAGUGCACUGAUGCAGGUGUCUACCGGGAAUUUGGAAACAUAUAUACAGACAUGUCCAGACCCUUGCAGUCCCUGGUAGUCAAUUUUGCAGCCGACAUUUCAACCUGCACACAAUUUAUUGUUAACUAAUCCAACAAAUUUAUUUGUUUUUUUUUAUCUGACUUUAAAAUUUCUCCAUGAAUUAUUUGUCAUCUGGUUUAACAUUUAAAAAAAAAAAAAAUAUUUAAGAUUUUAAAAUAAAAAAUUUAUUUAUUUAAAACUCGUUAAAAGACUAAUUUGAAGAGCUUAAUUUGUAUUAGUUCAUUUCACGUCCCUAUUGAGAUUAUAUCUCAGUGUCACUUGAAUGUACACUUGUGGUAUUUAGUAUGUACCACUACUUUGAUGUUUAACUUAAUUCUGUUUAUCUUGUGCCUCAAUGACUGGCUAAAACCGGUAUUUUCAUUACAGUCCCUUUUUUUUUUUAAGAAAAUAUCAUAGACAUAGAAAUAUAUAGACUGGCCAUCAAGUUGGAUCUUGUUUGCAUAUUUUUUAAUGCUGUCUUUACCAAUAAUGUAAAUGUCUUGGCUGUUUAAGAAUCCCAAGUUGCUUAUACUUAUAUGUGAUAGACAUCUUGUAGAAACUUUGUUUUAUAUAGGCUAUGUUUAUGAAAACAACAGUUGUUAAAACUUCUCAAUAAUUUAUGUAGACUAUGUUUAAACCCAUUGUUAAACUUUGCUUUCCAAUUUGCCUAAAAAAAAAUAUAUGAUAACACAUAACAUUUGACCUUGUGGAUGUGAGUAGGUCUGUCGACCUAAUGUUGAGAAAUAGUUUAAAAACUUGGAUUUAACAUUUGUCUGAUGUUUACAAGGAACAAUCAUUGUUUGUCUGUCAUAAUUUUUGUUAUAUGUUUGUUUUUGAUCACCUGAAGUGCAAUUAGAUUUAUAUUUUUACAACACUAGGACAUUCCUCUGACCACUAAGACUUUGUUGAUAUCCUCAUGGUACAUUUUGAUCUCAUUUUAAUUGAACACUUGACCAGCAGGUCAGAAUGAAAAAUUACUUACUGAGAGAUGGACUCUGUAAAUGUGACACAAUUUUGUUUCGUUUCCUCCUUGUAGUUUGUGUGUUUUACUAAAUCAAGAGGGAAUGAUGGGAAGACAUGAAACAAAUGUGAAACCGCAUGGCAUCUUUUAAUCCCAUUCAUUCACAAAGGUUUUAAAUAUUUAGUUUGUUGUAAAUAUAGAAAACUGAAAAGACACAAUUCUUUUUAUCUCUCUCUCUCUCUCUCUCACACACACUAACUCAUUGAGUGCCAUAGUAAAAUAGAAAGUUUUUAAAAUUCUUUUACUAAUUUUUUUUUUUUUUUUUUAAAGUAACUUUUAAAAAAAAGUUUUUAAAUUUCUAAAUCGUUUAUGAUUUCAAUAUAAAAAUUUGAAGAAAAUUGUUUAUUGUAAUAAAUUUUUAUUAAUUGGCGCUUAAAUAAAAUAAGAUGCUAAUUGAAGUAAUAUAAUUAAUUUGACAUUGUAUUUACCACUUCCUCUGACCCACCACAUGGAGGGCAUUUAUAUGGAAGGUUCUGUGUUAGAGAAUUUUCAGAAUGUUCUAUGCAGGCUUUAAAUAUUUUUAAGGACAAUUUUACAAUGUCAUCAUCUUUAACCUGAGUGAAUGUCUGACAAUUCUGAGUGUUUGUGUGGGUAGUGUUGUUACUAUGACUUGUGACAAUCUUUUAAAUUUUUUUUUAAAUACUCACUACUUGAUACUACAUACAAUUCAGGUAUAACUAAUUGCUUUUUUAAAAGUCUAAUAUUUAAGACUACGCCUAACGAUGCCCUUUGUUAUUUGUUUCUCAUGUGAUGUCUAUCUAUCAGACAAAUGUUUUAUUUUCUUGCUAUUUAUGUUUGGAAUAAAAAAAAAUGAUAAUGUU